AUGCGUCCCGAAGUCGAGCAAGAGCUCGCCCAUACGCUCCUCGUUGAGCUAUUGGCAUAUCAAUUCGCCUCGCCCGUGAGGUGGAUUGAGACACAAGAUGUCAUUCUCGCAGAGAAGACGACAGAGCGGAUUGUCGAAAUUGGGCCUGCGGAUACCCUUGGUGUAAUGGCGAAGAGGACGCUCGCAUCAAAAUACGAGGCUUACGAUGCCGCAAAGUCGGUUCAGCGCCAAAUUCUUUGCUACAACAAGGAUGCGAAGGAGAUUUACUACGAUGUAGACCCUGUCGAGGAUGAACCUGCUCCAGUAGCAAGUGAGUCUGCGCCAACUCCUGCGGCUGCAUCUUCGAGUGCUGCACCCGCUGCUCCUUCGCCACCUAGUUCCGGACCAGCGGCGCAAGUGCCAGAUGCCCCAGUUGGCGCAAUCGAUAUUGUGCGCGCUUUGGUUGCCCAGAAGCUAAAGAAACCGCUUUUGGAAAUUCCAUUGAGCAAAGCUAUCAAAGAUCUCGUUGGAGGCAAAUCUACCCUGCAAAAUGAGAUUUUGGGUGACCUGGGAAAGGAAUUUGGAUCGACCCCCGAAAAACCAGAAGAUACCCCCCUGGACGAAUUAGGAGCCGCCAUGCAAGCUACGUUCAACGGCCAACUUGGAAAGCAGUCGUCAUCUCUUGCCGCAAGAUUGAUAUCAUCGAAGAUGCCUGGUGGAUUUAAUAUUACCGCAGCACGAAAAUAUUUAGAAACCAGAUGGGGACUUGGCCCCGGAAGACAGGAUGGUGUUCUGCUGUUGGCUCUUACGAUGGAACCACCAGCUCGGUUGGGUUCUGAAACCGAUGCGAAGGCCUUCUUAGAUGAUGUCUCUCAUAAGUAUGCUGCGAAUGCUGGAGUCAGUCUUGCAGCGCCAGUGGCUGGUGGUGAUGCCGGCGGUGGCGGAGGCGGCAUGAUGAUGGAUCCAGCGGCGCUCGAUGCGCUGACCAAGGAUCAAAGAGCGCUCUUCAAGCAACAGCUUGAGUUAUUUGCCCGAUACUUAAAAAUGGACCUUCGAGCUGGAGACAAGGCAUUUAUUGGAUCCCAAAAAUCGUCACAAGCGCUUCAAUCUCAAUUAGAUCUUUGGAACGUGGAGCACGGAGACUUCUACGCUGCUGGGAUUGUACCAGUUUUCAGCUCACUCAAGGCCAGAGUGUACGAUUCGUCAUGGAAUUGGGCACGUCAAGAUGCUCUAACUAUGUACUACGAUAUUAUUUUCGGUCGUUUGCAAGCUGUGGAUCGUGAGAUUGUCAGCCAAUGCAUUAGAAUCAUGAAUCGUUCAAACCCUACUCUUCUCGAAUUCAUGCAAUAUCAUAUCGACAAUUGCCCAACCGAGCGAGGCGAGACCUACAAGCUGGCCAAAGAACUUGGUCGUCAGCUUAUUGAGAAUUGUAAAGAAGUCUUAGAAGCAGCACCUUGUUACAAAGAUGUCAGUGUCCCCACUGGUCCUCAUACGAGCAUCGACGCACGUGGAAAUAUGGACUACGCGGAAGUUCCUCGAACAAGUGCACGCAAGCUUGAGCACUAUGUGCGGGAGAUGGCCGACGGAGGCAAGAUAUCCGAAUAUGGCAACCGUACAAAAGUUCAGAAUGAUCUCAGCCGCAUCUAUAAACUCAUCAAGCAACAACACAAGCUUUCCAAGUCGUCUCAACUUCAAAUCAAGACCCUCUAUGGCGAUGUCAUCAGGUCCUUGGCAAUGAGUGAAGGCCAAAUCAUUCCAAGGGAGACUGCAAAUGGCAAACCCAACGGCCUGACAAAGAAGCCCGUUGCGCGGCCAAACGGAUCUGCCAAGGCUGGGAAAGUCGAGACUAUUCCCUUCUUACACUUGAAGAGAAAGGAUGAGCACGGGUGGGAAUACAGCAAAAAGCUCACCGGUCUUUACAUUGAUGGUUUGGAAAAAGCAGCCAAGGAUGGUGUAACAUUCCAAGGCAAAAAUGCUUUGAUGACUGGCGCUGGAGCCGGCUCAAUCGGUGCCGAUGUCCUCCAAGGUCUGAUCAGUGGUGGUGCGAAGGUUGUGGUCACUACAAGUAGAUUCUCUCGUGAGGUCACGGAGUACUAUCAGUCGAUGUAUGCCCGCUAUGGAUCACGUGGCUCUCAGCUCAUUGUUGUGCCAUUCAACCAAGGUAGCAAGCAGGAUGUAGAGGCAUUGGUCGACUACAUCUACGAUACCAAGAAGGGUCUCGGAUGGGAUCUCGACUUUAUCAUUCCAUUUGCUGCAAUUCCAGAAAAUGGGCGCGAGAUUGACAGCAUCGAUUCCAAAUCUGAGCUCGCCCACCGCAUCAUGUUGACGAAUUUACUACGUCUUCUUGGGUGUGUGAAGAGUCAAAAGGCUGAACGCGGCUUUGAGACGCGCCCUGCUCAGGUUGUCUUGCCCCUAUCGCCCAACCAUGGUACUUUCGGAAACGAUGGCCUUUACUCCGAGUCAAAAUUGGCUCUCGAGACCUUGUUCAAUAGAUGGCACUCAGAAAACUGGGGUCAUUUCCUUACAAUUUGCGGUGCCGUUAUUGGAUGGACCCGUGGUACUGGCCUUAUGGCUGGCAAUAAUAUUGUUGCUGAAGGGGUAGAGGCUUACGGUGUGCGCACAUUUUCACAACAAGAGAUGGCUUUCAAUUUGCUGGGCCUCAUGUCACCAAUUAUCGUCGACCUUUGCCAAUCAGAACCCGUUUUCGCUGAUCUGAACGGUGGUUUACAAUUCAUCCCGGAUCUCAAGAACCUGAUGACUAAAUUACGAAAGGACAUUAUGGAGACGAGCGAAGUGCGACAGGCUGUGACCAAAGAAACUGCGAUUGAGAACAAGAUUGUCAAUGGUGAGGAUAGUGAAGCCCUCUACAAGAAAGUCACCAUUGAGCCUCGUGCAAACAUCAAGUACGAGUUCCCUCAACUACCAGACUGGAAAACCGAAGUCGAGCCACUCAAUGAGAACCUCAAGGGCAUGGUCGACCUGGAGAAAGUUGUUGUCGUUACCGGUUUCGCCGAAGUCGGUCCAUGGGGUAACUCCCGCACUCGGUGGGAAAUGGAAGCAUAUGGCGAAUUCUCCCUGGAGGGAUGUGUUGAGAUGGCUUGGAUCAUGGGUCUCAUUAAGAAUCACAAUGGACCUAUCAAGGGCAAGCAAUACUCUGGAUGGGUUGAUGCCAAGUCCGCAGAACCAGUCGAUGACAAAGACAUCAAGGCAAAAUAUGAGAAACAUAUCCUUGAGCACUCCGGUAUCCGUCUCAUCGAGCCGGAGCUCUUCAAAGGUUACGAUCCCAACAAGAAGCAGCUGCUUCAAGAGGUUGUGAUAGAAGAGGAUCUCGAGCCGUUUGAAACCUCCAAGGAAACCGCCGAGGAAUUCAAACGCGAGCACGCUGAUAAGGCAGAGGUCUUUGAAAUUCCAGAGUCCGGCGAAUAUAUUGUUAGGAUGAAGAAGGGUGCCACGCUCAUGAUCCCCAAGGCUCUCAAAUUCGACCGUCUUGUCGCAGGUCAAAUUCCCACCGGCUGGGAUGCCAAGAAGUAUGGUAUUCCAGACGACAUCAUCUCGCAAGUCGACCCCGUCACCCUAUUUGUUCUUGUAUGCACAGUGGAAUCACUGUUGGCAUCUGGUAUCACUGAUCCUUAUGAAUUCUACAAAUAUGUUCACAUUUCUGAGGUCGGUAACUGUAUUGGAUCUGGUAUCGGUGGCACAACAGCUUUGAGGGGCAUGUACAAGGAUCGUUACUUGGACAAGCCACUCCAGAAGGAUGUUCUUCAGGAAUCAUUUAUCAACACCAUGAGCGCAUGGGUUAAUAUGUUGCUGAUGUCCUCCACUGGUCCCAUCAAAACGCCCGUUGGUGCUUGCGCAACGGCCGUAGAAUCUGUUGAUAUUGGAUACGAGACUAUUGUUGAAGGCAAGGCUCGUGUAUGCUUUGUUGGUGGUUUUGAUGACUUCCAAGAGGAAGGUUCUUACGAAUUCGCCAACAUGAAGGCAACUAGCAACGCUGUCGACGAGUUUGAACAUGGUCGUACACCAAGGGAAAUGUCAAGACCUACUACGACUACUAGAAAUGGUUUCAUGGAAUCCCAAGGUUGUGGUAUUCAAGUCAUCAUGACUGCCAGACUUGCCCUCGAUAUGGGUGUUCCUAUCUAUGGUAUUGUGGCAUUGACUACCACAGCUACUGACAAGGUUGGCCGAUCUAUCCCUGCGCCUGGCCAGGGUGUUCUCACCACUGCUCGUGAAAACCCUGGAAAGUUCCCGUCACCUCUUCUGGACAUGAAAUACCGACGCCGACAGAUCGAGCUUCGAAAGAAGAACAUCAAGUCAUGGCAAGAGUCAGAACUUGAGUACCUCCACGAAGAGAUUUCUGCCAUGAAGGCACAAGGUCACGAAUUCAACGAGUCGGAUUAUGCCCAAGAGCGUGCCGCUCACAUCGAGGUUGAGGCUGCCCGCCAAGAGCGUGACGUCUUGAACAGCCUUGGUAAUGCAUUCUGGAAGAAAGAUAACACAAUCGCCCCUCUGCGUGGUGCCCUUGCUACAUGGGGUCUGACUAUCGAUGACCUCGACGUUGCCUCCUUCCACGGCACUUCCACUGUGGCAAACGACAAGAACGAAUCUUCUGUCAUCUGCCAACAAAUGAAACAUCUCGGCCGAAAGAAGGGUAACGCUGUUAUGGGUAUCUUCCAGAAGUAUCUGACUGGACACCCUAAGGGUGCAGCUGGUGCAUGGAUGAUGAAUGGCUGCCUGCAAGUCCUCAACAGCGGUCUAGUCCCCGGAAACCGAAACGCAGACAACGUCGACCAAGUCAUGGAGAAAUUCGACUACAUCGUAUACCCCAGCCGAAGCAUCCAAACAGACGGUAUCAAGGCUUUCUCCGUCACCUCCUUCGGUUUCGGACAAAAAGGCGCCCAAGCAAUCGGUAUCCACCCCAAAUACCUUUUCGCCACUCUCGAUGAAGCUACAUAUAAGACCUACGCUUCCAAGCUCGCAGCCCGUCAAAAGAAGGCUUAUAGAUACUUUCACAACGGCAUGAUCACCAACACCCUCUUUGUCGCCAAGACAGAUUCGCCAUACACAGAUGCUCAAAUGCAAUCCGUGUUCCUCAACCCGGAUGCCCGCGUCUCUACGGACAAGAAGACAGCAGGUCUCACUUACGCCCCCAACUUCGCCAAAGACACGGCAGCUUCCGACAAAAGCAAGACAGACGCGACUAAGAACAUGGUUGAGUCAUUAGCCAAAGGUGCUGCUAAAGCCGGCAACAAAGUCGGUGUCGAUGUUGAGGAUAUCGCAGCGAUCAAUAUUGAGAACGACACAUUUUUGACAAGAAAUUUCACAGAUGGUGAACGCGAAUACUGUCUCAAGGCACCCAGCCCACAAGCUUCAUUCGCAGGCAAGUGGAGUGCAAAGGAGGCUGUAUUUAAGAGUCUGGGCGUUGCGAGCAAGGGCGCCGGUGCGCCGCUGAAGGAUAUUGAGAUUGGGAACGACGAGAAGGGCGCUCCUAUUGUGUCGUUACAUGGCGAUGCAGCAGACGCAGCGAAGAAGGCGGGCGUGAAGGAAAUCAGCAUCAGUGUUUCGCAUUCUGAUACUCAGGCUAUUGCCAUUGCUGUCUCUACCUUUUAG